AUGGCCACCCAGCCGAGCGAUCUGCGGGAAGGCGCGACUAUGGCUGUACAAACGAUCUAUCGCGGUGCUGCUCACAUUGCUGCUGAUUUUACUACACCUUUUGUCGAUCCCGAUCCACAAAAAGGCUCCAUUGGAGCGCUGGGUGAUGUUCUGCGACAAAUCCCUCCUGCCACGGUCAUUCCUUUUGUCAUUGGCUGUGAGGUAGGUCCAACUGCCUGA